AUGGUUUAUCUGAACAAGGUGACGGAGGGAUGUCUGGCCAACAUUGCGUGCAAGCUGGAAAUCAUGGAGCCCUGCUGUAGCGUAAAGGACCGUAUCGCCGUGAGCAUGAUCACAGACGCGGAGGAGAAAGGCCUCAUCACUCCAGGCAAGAGCGUGUUGGUGGAGCCAACGAGUGGCAACACGGGCAUCGGAUUGGCCUUCGUGGCGGCAGCAAGGGGCUACCAGCUCACCCUCACCAUGCCCGCCUCUAUGAGCCUCGAGCGCCGCGUGCUGCUGCGCGCGUUCGGGGCGGAUUUGGUUCUGACCGACCCUGCCAAGGGCAUGAAGGGCGCGAUUGCUAAGGCGGAGGAGAUUGUGGCGAAUACUGAAGGCGCUUACAUGCUGCAGCAGUUUGAAAACCCGGCGAAUCCCAAGGUGCACUUUGAGACAACAGGCCCUGAGAUCUGGGAGGGCUCGAACGGCCAUGUUGACGUUCUGGUAUCGGGGAUUGGCACGGGUGGCACCGUCACAGGCGCUGGAAGGUUCCUCCGGAGCAAGAAUCCGGAUGUGAAGAUCGUGGGAGUGGAGCCCAAAGAAAGCCCUGUGAUCUCAGGUGGAAAGCCAGGCCCACACAAGAUCCAGGGCAUAGGCGCCGGCUUUGUGCCGGGAGUGCUGGACGUGGGCCUUCUUAGCGAAGUGGUGCAGGUGUCCAGCGAUGAAGCAGUGGAGAUGGCGAAGCAGCUCGCACAGAAGGAAGGGCUGCUGGUGGGGAUUUCAUCGGGAGCAGCAGUCGUUGCAGCAAUCGAAGUGGCCAAACGGGCAGAGAACGCUGGGAAGCUCAUCGUGGUAUGUCCUGUGCCAGCUGUGAUAUCAGUGUUCUUACAGUCCAUUCUUUUUAGCGCGGGGUUGUUCCGCUUUCAGCUUCUCCUUGAUGAAGUUGUCUCCAUGCUCUUCGCUUUCUUCUGCACUGCUCUGCUAGGUGGUGCUGCCAAGCUUUGGCGAGCGGUCGUGCUCCUGGCAGGUGGGAGGGAAGGAGCACGAGCAGGAGGGAGUGGAGAGGCGGUGGGUGUGUACAAGAGGGACAGGGAGGGACAGGAGAGACACAUGGGGGGUGGAGAGGAGGGGUACAUGGGAGGGGCAGGAGAAGCACAUGGGGAGGGAGAGGGGGGAUAG